UCCUUCGAGCGCUGCUGUUUGGUGGCUGAACAUUAUCUUGACAAUUUAAAUUUCUAAAUAAAUACCUAAUUUCUGCUCAGUCCCCGCGUCUAACAUGUGAAAUAUGAAAUGUUCACAUUUUGAAAUAAUAAAACGGCAAAUAUAACUUUGACAUUAUACAAAUACUAUGAAAAACAAAGUUUCCGAAAAACGUUUUGCUACUCUCAAUAUAAAUGUUCCUACAUUCUAAUCUAUGUUUGCUACCACGGAAUCCUUAUAGGCGAGCUCGAUUCGCACUUGGCCACGUUUUUAAUAUUAUUUGCAUUGGUAGGUACGUAUAAUUAAAGCAAAUAACAAUAAAAUAACCGCUGUUACACGACAUUUUUAUAUAACAGAUAAAAUGAGGACUAUUUUUCCAUUUAAUAAUCAUUACGCACGCAGAAAGUAAAGCAUAUUAAUGACAAGUUAUAUAUGCAUGAAAAAUACUUAAAUAAAUGAUAAAUUUAUAAGAUCACAAACAGAAGUGUUUUUACUUGGGGGUUUCAAUUGGUUGAUUUCCGUAGACAAUAGUUUACAGACAUUUUUAAACUUUAAAUCGCUCACUAAAAAUGGACAAAAGCACCUUUAAGAAGCAGAAAAACCUGGAGGAUGUGUUGUCAAAAAGACAAGUGGAAUGUGUCAUCAGGAAAAUGUUGGAUAACAAAGCAGAAUGGCGUGUGACCAGCUCCGAGGUGAAGCCAGCCGCGGACGGGAUGACCGGUUUCCUGGGAGACCACCUCAGGGUAACCCUGAACGUAGCCGCGGGAGACGCCAGGAAGACUAUACAGUUGUUCAUAAAGAGAAUGCCUUUGGAGAAUCCUCCUAAAGUAGCAUUGAUUGAAGAGAACAACUUCUUCAAGAGGGAACGUUUGUUGUGCGAUCUGCUUGAUGAGUUCCAGAGUGAUGAUGAUCUUCAACCGUGGUGCAUCAAAACUCUUAUCUGCAGCGAUUCCUUGGUCGUCAUGCCAGAUGUCAGGCCGUUGGGAUACACCUCUAAGAGCCCUCUGGAGCCCUUAGACCUGCCCCAUUUGCUGCUCACUGCCGGCUCCGUCGCCCGCUUCCACGCCGCCACAGCCAACUAUGAAAACAAGAAGAUUCUACGAAACAACAAGCCUUGGACGUUCUCCCAGGAGUAUGCAGAAAUGCUCCACGUAGACCCUUCAUUCAGGGAUUCCCCAUGGCUGCGAGCCUGUGCGAAACUCGUUGCCAACACUCUUAAAGUCUUCUGCAAUAAGUAUAACGAUAAACUGGAUUUCGAGGCAAAAAUUAUCACACUUUUUGUAAAAGCUUGUGAAAGUCUUAAAGAAUACGAGAGUACGUUAAAUGUGUUGCUUCAUAAAGAUUUGUGGAUUAGUAAUAUAAUGUUUCGAUAUGAGAAUAGCGAGCCAGUGGAAGCGUUACUCAUAGACUACCAAUGUCUACGAUAUGGACCUCCUGCCUUCGACCUGAUGAUUUUACUGUACUGCACGACUUACAGAACCUUCAGAGAGCAGCAUGAACUAACUGUACUACGGCAUUAUUUCUCAGUUUUCUCGGAAAAUAUAGACGACGCUACGGAAAGGAAAUUGAACAAAUUGGGAUAUGAUGAGAAGGAGUUUCUUGAGUGGUGCAAGAGGGCGCGUUUCUUUGCAGCAAUGCAGGCGUCAGCGUUAUUUCCAUUUAUCCUCAUGGAUCCGAUAACUGCUCAGAAGAUAUAUGACGACCCUGACACUUUCGAGGAGUUAAUGAUUGCGGACCGAACGAAGCCAGUCGUCGAGUAUUGCCAUCAGAAACCUGUCUACAAGGAGCGAUUGAUUGAAGUAUUCGAAGAGUUUGUCGAAAGAUAUUAUGAUGAGGAAUAAAUAAAACGCCUAUUGUUUUUCUCCUAACGAUAAGAAAUGAAAGGUUUCACAGUCAUGAUAUUAUACAAUCUAAAUAAAGUUUAAUUGAAAACGGA